AGCUUCUUCAUUAAUCCUUUCCACUUGUUCGCGUAUUGCAGAGCGCCGACGAGAUGAGGCCGCUGGACGAGAACGAGACAACGCAGGUCUUCGAGAAGAUCUUCAAGUUCACCGGCAACAACCUCAAGAACAUCGUCGAGAACCCAUCGCACGAGGGCCCCGAUCCCAGCCCCGGCCGCUACUGCUUCCGCCUCCAGAGGAACCACGUCUACUAUGUCAGCGAGUCGCUCGUGAGGCGCGCCACCAACAUCAAGCGGGACAACCUCGUCGCCCUCGGCACGCAGGUCGGCAAGUUCACGAAAGGUGGACGCUUCCACCUCACCAUCCAGGGGCUUGGCUUGCUCGCCGCCAACGCCAAGCACAAGGUCUGGCUCAAGCCCACCUCCGAGAUGUCGUUUCUGUACGGGAAUCAUGUGCUGAAGGGCGGCUUGGGUCGGAUUACGGAGAAUAUUUCGCCCGGAGAUGGGGUGGUGGUGUUCUCCAUGGCGGAUGUGCCGUUAGGAUUUGGGGUGGCGGCGAAGUCGACGCAGGAUUGCAGGAAGAUGGACCCGAACGGGAUUGUGGUGCUGCGCCAGGCGGAUAUUGGGGAGUACUUGAGGAUGGAGGAUGAGCUUUGAGGAAAAGGGGUUUGAUUGGAUGGUUUUGGUAAGUGGGAUUUGUUGAUUUGGGGGAGAAAUUUCGGUUCUUGUAUGUGGGUGCCGCUCAAUUUUGAAUGACAAUGAUCAUGUAACAUAUGGGAUUUUUGGUAUUAACUGCUUUAAGAAUAUGAUUACAAUGAUUUGCAUUAAGGCCCUUGAUAUAUUGAUUGGACUUGUGGUUA